GUGGGGUGGGUGCUGGGUGCCGGGGCUGCGGGCUCAGCACGCUCAGAAACAUGCUGAGGUCCCGGCGGCUGUUCCAGCAGCGGCAGCGGCUCCAGCAGCAGCGGCGGCGGCGGCGGCGGCGACAGCGCACGGCUCCGGCGGGGAAGGCGCCCGGCGCCCAUGCCUCCGGCCCCGCGCAGCGGCUGCCCUGACCUGGCCGCGACCUCCCUCCGCGCGCCCCGCCGCCCGGGCCCCUGGGGUGUUCCCCAACCACGGCCCAGCCCCGCCACACCCCCCGCCCCCGGCCUCCGCAGCUCGGCAUGGGCGCGGGGGCGCUCGCCCUGGGCGCCUCCGAGCCCUGCAACCUGUCGUCGGCCGCGCCGCUCCCCGACGGCGCGGCCACGGCGGCGCGACUGCUGGUGCCCGCGUCGCCGUCCGCCUCGCCGCUGACCCCGACCAGCGAGGGCCCCGCGCCGCUGUCGCAGCAGUGGACGGCGGGCAUAGGCCUGCUGAUGGCGCUCAUCGUGCUGCUCAUCGUGGCGGGCAACGUACUGGUGAUCGUGGCCAUCGCCAAGACGCCGCGGCUGCAGACGCUCACCAACCUCUUCAUCAUGUCCCUGGCCAGCGCCGACCUCGUCAUGGGGCUGCUGGUGGUGCCGUUCGGGGCCACCAUCGUCAUGCGGGGCCGCUGGGAGUACGGCUCCUUCUUCUGCGAGCUCUGGACCUCGGUGGAUGUGCUGUGCGUGACGGCCAGCAUCGAGACCCUGUGUGUCAUCGCCCUGGACCGCUACCUCGCCAUCACGUCGCCCUUCCGCUACCAGAGCCUGCUGACCCGCGCGCGGGCGCGGGCCCUGGUGUGCACCGUGUGGGCCAUCUCGGCCCUGGUGUCCUUCCUGCCCAUCCUCAUGCACUGGUGGCGGGCCGAGGGCGACGAGGCGCGCCGCUGCUACAACGACCCCAAGUGCUGCGAUUUCGUCACCAACCGGGCCUACGCCAUCGCCUCGUCCGUCGUGUCCUUCUACGUGCCCCUGUGCAUCAUGGCCUUCGUGUACCUGCGGGUGUUCCGCGAGGCCCAGAAGCAGGUGAAGAAGAUCGACAGCUGCGAGCGCCGCUUCCUCAGCGGCCCGGCGCGGCCCCCCUCGCCCGCGCCCGCGCCCGGCUCCCCGCGCCCCGCGGCCGCCGCCGCCGCCGGCGACCGGCCGCGCGCCUCCGGCUGCCUGCCGGGGACCCGGCCGCCGCCGUCGCCGGGGGCCGCCUCGGACGACGAAGACGACGACGACGUCGGGGCCGCGCCGCCCGCGCGCCUGCUGGAGCCCUGGGCCGGCUGCAACGGCGGGGCGGCGGCGGCGGACAGCGACUCGAGCCUGGACGAGCCGGGCCGCCCCGCGGGCGCCUCGGAAUCCAAGGUGUAGGGUCCCGCGUCCGCCGCCCGCGCCUCCCUCCCCCCUCCCCCCGCCCGCGCCCCGGGAGCGAGAACGCCCAGGCGCCCCCACUGGCUUCCCAGGGGAGAGAGAUCCGUGUUUACGCAAGCCCCAGAGCAGGUGAACUCAAAGCCCGAAAACCUGGUCUGAAUCCUCCAAGGCGAACGCAAAAGCCACGGACCGUUGCACAGAAAGGAAAGUUUGGGGAGGGCUGGGAGAGUGGCUUGCAGAUUUGUCUUGGUUCUUUUUUUCUGUGCGUGCUUCGGCCUUCUUUGGUGUGUGCGUGUGAUGCAUCUUCCGUUUGGGGGGGGGUCGUCUCACCCCCCCACCCCCCCACCCCCACUUCCAGGUGGUUUUUGACACUUGCUUCGAGGACUGGGUAGUAGAAAGGAGAAGCAGGGAGUCUAUCAACUGGGCUUCCGUCCCAUUCCCGGGAACAGGAGCAGUCAACCGGAGAGAGAAGGGGGAAUGACAGUUGUCAGGACAUGUUCCCUUUGCUUUCCAGAGAAAGUUCCUGUUAAUUCCUGAGUAAUGAUGGUUCCUGUUCUUAAAGCAGAGGGAAAGGAUGGAUGCGAAGGAACGUUUCAAGAAAUUUUAAGCUAUUCUUGGAACAAGCGUCACCUUGCUUUCUGUUUGUAGGGCAAACCUGCAGUCCCCGCGCGCCUCGGUGGUCAGGCUGAGGGGUUUCUACCUCACACUGUGCAAAUUGCACAGCAAGAUAGAAAGACUUGUUUAUAU